AUGUGUAACAUGGGCGCCGAAGUUGGCGCUACGACUUCUAUUUUCCCCUUUAAUGCCGCCCACGUACGAUAUCUGGAGGCGACACACCGACACGAUGUAGCAAGGGAGGCAAAGAAGUUCUCCGAUAUUAUUCAGCUUAAGGCUGAUGCUGGUGCGAAAUACGACGAAGUUAUUACCAUCGACUUAUCCACACUAGAGCCUCAUAUCAACGGACCCUUUACCCCUGAUCUAUCUACGCCGUUAUCUCAGUUUAAGCAAACAGUACAGGAGCAAAACUGGCCUGACAAGCUAUCAGCAGGUCUGAUCGGAAGUUGCACAAACAGUUCGUACGAGGAUAUGACACGUGUAGAGGGCAUGGUCCGUGAGGCGAUAGAGGCCGGUUUAAAGCCCGCAUCCGACUUUUACGUAACGCCGGGAAGUGACCAAAUCAGGGAAACUUUACGACGAGAUGGUCCUCUGGAUACGUUUAAAGAAGCCGGUGGUACUGUACUUUCAAAUGCCUGCGGCCCUUGCAUUGGUCAAUGGAAGCGACAUGAUGGCGUCGAAAAGGGGACCCCUAAUGCUAUACUUACCUCGUAUAACCGUAAUUUCCGUGGCCGCAACGACGGAAACCCAGAUACCAUGAACUUCCUCGCAUCGCCCGAAAUCGUCACCGCCAUGACUUUCGCAGGCACUACCACCUUCAACCCUAUUACCGACUCGCUUCCUACCCCAUCUGGCAAGGAGUUCAGAUUUACUCCUCCAUCGGGUCUCGAAAUCCCAGCACAGCCGUUUGAGAUAGCUCGAGAACAGUUUCGACCUCUUAGCCAAGCCCCCGACCCGUCUGUUGAUGUAGCCAUUUCACCCUCUUCCGAACGUCUUGCGCUUCUAGAACCGUUUGACCCUUUCCCUACCUCCGAUCUCUCAGGCCUUCGCGUAUUAGUCAAAGUCACCGGGAAAUGCACGACGGAUACCAUCUCUGCUGCCGGUCCUUGGUUGAAGUAUAAAGGCCAUCUUCCCAAUAUUAGCGAGAAUACACUCAACACAGCGAUAAAUGCAGAAACUGGCGAAGUUAACGUUGCUUACGACUUAGACGGGUCUAAGCACACGAUUCCCGAACUAGGAAAGCGCUGGAGGGAGGCUGCACGACCAUGGUUAGUGGUAGCAGAGCAUAACUACGGAGAGGGUAGCGCACGAGAGCACGCUGCGCUCCAACCGCGAUACUUAGGUGCCAGAAUUGUGCUUUCCAAGAGCUUUGCGCGUAUCCACGAGACGAACCUGAAGAAACAGGGUGUCGUGCCGCUGACAUUCGCCGAUGAGGCUGACUACGAUAAGAUCAGUGCUGGCGACGAGGUAUCUACGAUUGGCUUAUAUGAGAUGCUGCAAAAUGGUGGUAAGGGUGAGGUAGCACUUAAGGUGAAAAAACAGAAAACCGGAGAGGAAGUGCUUAUCAAGACAAAGCACGCUGUUAGCAAGGACCAGGCAGGUUUCAUUCUGGCGGGUAGUGCGCUGAAUCUGCUCUCGAAAAAGUAA